ACACAGGGGGCGUAAUCGCGACGCCCCUUAUUAUCCAAAUAGAAUAUUGCAGACUAUAGCUGAGUCUUCAUGUUGAAUCCAACCAAGUAACACAUGGACAAUGUUUAGAACACUAUUAACUUCCAUAUUAAUAACUGUAUGGGUUUUAAAAGUCGACUGUGACUACUACAAUGACCGACCCAAGAUCAGGACUUCAAAUGGCGAUCUCAUUCUUGAGCCGGCGACGGGAAAGAGCAUAUAUUUACGCCCCAACGGACCGCAGUCCAGCGUGUACAUUGGCGAUACUAACCUGAUCAAUCUGACUACACUAAGCGGACCUUUUCAACCACCAAUUGAAGUGGAAACAUUCCCUUACGCUUCAAACGACAUUCUGCGCCGGCUGCAAGUACUCGAAAGCAGAAAUGUUGUGUCGCAAGACGAACUCCUUCGAAAUAUAUCAGCACUGUCGAUGAGAGCCAACAGACUGUCCACGAGACUCAACCGCUUGCAGCGUCAAGUCGACAGCUGGACAGAAGUCCAGUGUCAGCUCCACACUUGCCAAAACGGAGGCACUUGCCUGCACUUACUCGGCGACUACCAUUGUCUUUGUCCGUCAAAUUGGGAAGGGAGAAACUGCGAAGUCGAUGUCAACGAAUGCCGCAAUUUCGCCGGCACCGAUUUGGGAUGUCAAAACGGAGCUGAUUGCAUCAACCAGCAUGGAUCCUAUCAAUGUCGGUGCAAAACCGGAUGGUUUGGAACACACUGCACCAAACGAAAGCUGGACUGUUCUGCUGGUAAUUUCGAGAUGUGCGGUCAUGGUACGUGCGUGCCGGUGGCUUCAGGAGAAGGUAUUAAAUGUAUUUGUGACCAAGGAUGGACUACAAACGGUAGCGUCGCAUGUUUAACAGAUGUUAACGAAUGUGAUACAAGUUUGGGCCCGCGAUGCUCUACGAAUCCGAAGGUAGAAUGUAUCAACCUACCCGGAUCCUUCAGAUGCGGACAGUGCCCUCAAGGAUAUCAAGGCGACGGGUAUGUUUGCUACGACAUCGACGAAUGUGCGACUUCUAACGGCGGUUGCAGCUCUAUGGUGUCUUGUCAUAAUACUAUAGGGUCGCGUAUAUGUGGCGCAUGUCCUCCAGGUCACGUGGGCGACGGCGUCACCUGCACCUGGAGGGGUUCUUGUAACAUCGACCACGGAGGAUGUCAUCCAUCUGCGCGUUGUAUCGAAUCUGGUGCCGUCGGAGGAGGUGUUCUAUGUGAAUGUCCUCAAGGUAUGGAUGGCGACGGUCUCGGACUUCAUGGCUGUUAUGUGUCAACGGACAACAGUACAAUGAGUUGUGAAAAUGAUCCAUGCGGCCCACACGGGCGAUGCCACAAACUUCGACAAGGUUACACGUGCUACUGCUUAAGAGGUUUCAGUGGUGCUCAUUGCGAUGUCCAAGCUGAAAGUUGUGCUAUUAAUCCAUGUAAAAACGGAGGUGUAUGUAGACCUGACGACACGAUGGCACUUGGAUUUAGAUGCGAAUGUACUGCACAGUAUUCAGGGACUCUAUGCCAGGAACGGUCUCACUGCGGAAGUAUCCUACACGCUGAAGAAGGGAGUCUUGUGUAUCCGUUGACGAAUACCACUUAUACUCGUAACUCUAAGUGCGCUUGGAUUAUUCGUACAGUUCCCGAAAAAGUGAUCAAUGUGACAUUCAGUCGAUUUAACUUGCAGCGUUCGCCGGAUUGUAAUUUCGAUUUCUUGCAAAUUCACGAUGGACGGAGCACAGCUGAGCACUUGUUGGGUAGGUUUUGUGGUAAUGAAGCACCAAAGGGAGGCAAUAUUGUAUCCAGUCAGCAUAAUUUGUAUCUGUGGUUCCUGUCGAACAGCGCUCGUGGGAGCGAUGGGUUUGCGCUUCAUUGGACCAGCGUUGCGCCUGUUUGUGGCGGAGAGGUGAACGCGACAUUGCACGGCACUAUCAGCUCUCCGGGCUCACCUGGUAAGUAUCCUCCUAACAGAGAUUGCUACUGGCAUUUAAAGACUGCCUUAAAUAAAAGAAUACAAUUGCACUUCUUCCAGCUAGAUUUAGAGAAACACGAUAAUUGUAGCUUCGAUUAUUUGGCAAUUUACGACGGAUAUAGUCAACCAACGUCAGGCCAGCCCCUGGAGAAGUAUUGUAGUUCGACUCAACCUGCUCCCUGGCUAUCGACUAGCCCAGAAAUUCUUAUACAUUUUCAUUCCGACACUCAUACUUCCGGUAAAGGUUUUCAAAUAACUUACGCUCCUGUAGAAGGCAUUCCGGGUUGCGGGGGCUUCUUCAGCGGAGACAAAGGAGAGGUCACGUCACCCUCUUAUGACGGAUCUUAUUUAAGUAAUUUGUUGUGUGAAUAUAAAAUACGUACAGGUCCGGGCACUCAAGUUCAAUUAGAUUUUAAAUUGUUCAAUGUUGAGCGUUCCAGAAACUGUAAGCGUGAUUAUUUAAAAGUUUAUGACGGCCCUUCUACGGAUUCUCCCAUUAUGGGUACCUUCUGCGGUAACUUAGACAGAAAAAUAAUUCUUAAUUCUACUUCGAAUAAUGUUUUCAUGGUAUUUAAAACGGACCGAUCAAUUGGUAAAGAUGGAUUUAAAAUAAAUUAUAAAGUAUUAUGUAAUUACUUGGUACGAGGUGACAGUGGUGUUAUCCAGUCCCCGGGAUAUCCUUUCACUUAUCCUGAUAACAGAAUGUGUGAAUAUGUAAUAGAGACCUCACCCAGUAAAUCCAUUCAAUUGACUUUCCAAGACUUUGAUAUUGAGGGUGAUAGGCUCUGCCAAUUUGACGCAGUGGAGGUUAGAGAUGGUUUCAAUACUAAUUCUACUCUCCUUGGAAAAUAUUGCGGCAACAGAAUCCCUCCUACAUUGACUUCUUCACAUAACAUAAUGUACGUAAGAUUUAAUUCAGAUAUGAGCCAAUCUGGCGGUGGAUUCUAUGCUAACUAUACAACAGUUGACAUUGAAUGUGGAGGUAUCUAUAGAGACCCAGUUGGCACUAUAAAACAUCCUUUACUUGAUGGCGGCUACAAAAACAGACAAAGAUGUAACUGGAUGAUAUUAGCACCCGCCGGUAAAGUUAUCCAAGUGACAUGGAACAGAUUCGAUAUAGAAAAUACGCAUUCGUGUACGGCUGAUUAUUUGGAGCUUAUUACUACAGAUGACGACAAUAGAAAUAAUACGCUAGGGAAAUUUUGCGGUGCCACAGCACCUCCAACUUUUUCAAUUUCUAGUAAUAACCUUAUUCUAAAGUUUGUGUCUGACAGUUCGAUCAAAUUUGGUGGAUUUUCAUUAACAUAUACAUUUUUAGAUGAAAGUGCUUGCGGUAGUUACACGUACAUACAAAAUCAUGGAGUUAUAUAUUCUCCAGGAUGGCCGGAGAGAUACGGUAGAAAUCUCGAUUGUUCUUGGACAAUCAAAGUCUCAACGGGGCAACAAAUUAAACUUAAUAUUUCGCAAUUCGAUGUUGAAGAUUCAAAUUAUAGAACUGGCCAAUGUGAUGACUUUUUACAGUUAAGUAAUGGCCCUAAAGCAUCCUCUCCCUUGAUCGGCAAAUACUGUGGUGAAUUUACAUGGAAAUCUUUCAAAACAACAGCAAACUCGGUCUAUAUAUAUUUUCAUUCAGAUUUUUUGAUUGGUGGUAAAGGAUUCAAAAUAGAAUGGGACAGCACAGUCACUGGAUGCGGAGGCACAUUUACCGGUUCAACGGGAUCAAUAUCAUCCCCUAACUAUCCGGAAAAUUAUAAUGAAAAUUCCGAAUGUUUCUACAGAAUUGUCACAAAUCAAGGCUCAAGGAUAUCGAUGACAUUUGAAGAUCUUGAAUUGGAGACUCUAUGUGAUGAUUACGUUGAAAUUUAUGAUGGAAGAGACCCUGAAUCUCCUAAAUUAGGAUGGUUCUGCAGAGCGUCACCAAAUCAGGUAAUCGAAACGACAAGUAACUUUGCAUUUAUUAAAUUCAAAUCAGAUUUCUUGUUGACUGGUAAAGGAUUUUUGCUCAAUUACAAGGCAAUAUGUAACAAUAAUGUGACCGGAACUUACGGUGUGAUUGAAUCCCUGAACCAUCCUAGCAGCUAUCCUCUACAGAACUGCACCUGGAAUAUAAACUUACCGAAAGGUAAUAAAAUCAACAUGACAUUUACUGAUUUUGAUAUAAGAUCAAACCAUUGGUGGUAUUCCAACUUGCGUCCUGAUGUUGUUGAAGGUGGGGGAAGUUUCCUUAGAAAUAAUAGUUGUGCUAUAGAUUAUCUUUUGAUCGAUGAGCCAGCUUUAAUAGAUCAUUCCGCUCGACACUGCACCUGGCCAGAGCCCAUAAGCUCAAAGAAGAAUAUAAUGCAAUUAAAACUGAAUACAAAGAAAGCAUCAAAUAUUCCUCAAACUCAUUCAGGAUUUAGAUUAGAGUGGGUCAGUUACGGGUGUCGUGAGCAUUUGAAAAAAAGAAAUGGUUUUCUCAAUAAGACUUUGUCAUCAAGUGAGCAGAUGGAGUGUGAAUGGCUAAUCGAAACUCCAUUGGGAACUAGCAUGUAUCUUACAUUCACGAAAGUGUAUAUGUUGGAAACACAUAAUUGCACUACUGAUGCGAUAGAAAUUUACAACGGGCCGAGUGAUAAAUUUCCACUUCUCACUAAGUUCUGUCACGAUUCUGCCGUUGUACAGUCGACAUCGAACUUACUUUUAGUGAAAUUGAUCAAAAAUUCAUCAUUGAAAGAUUCACAUUUUGCAGCUACUUUUAGUGCAAUUUUUGCCACCUGCGGCGGUAUCAUGAGAACACAAUCUGGUAUUAUAACGUCUAAAAAUUAUCCCAAAAAUUAUGAUAAUAAUUUAGAUUGUGUUUGGAUGAUAACCGUAUCCCGCAGUCAUCGUGUGGCAAUCGAGUUUACUGAUUUUGAUCUUAAUAACGACGGUGAUCGUUGCGAUGAUUUUGUUAAAUUAUAUGAGGGUGAUAAUAUUAGGACAAGUAAUUAUUCGCAUAUCAUUUGCAAAGCAGCGUCCCAGAAGUAUUUUGUUUCUAAAAGCAAUACAUUACAAGUGCAGUUUGUGACUAAUGAAGUUGAGACAGCGAAAGGGUUUAAAGCCAAUUUCAGCGUUACGUGCGGCGGCGUCAUAACUACAACAGAAAACUCUGAAAACGGUUUCUUAUCUAAUGAUGACUUUAAAAGUUUUUCCAAUUCAAGUUGUGUUUGGACUAUUCUCGCGCCGACGUUGGAAGAGAAAGUAUCUCUAACCAUAACGCAUUUAUCAUUGCCUAUUAAUUAUGAGCAAAGGACAAAUGAAACUUGCCCCAAUUCUUAUCUAAGGAUUCUCGAUGGAAAUGACGAGAAUGCACCGUUAAUUGGAGAAUAUUGCGGCCGCAAAGUACCGGCGACCAUUGUGAGUCGCGGCAGCGCGCUUACAGUCGUACUUGGUACUCACGAGGACAGAAUUAGGGGAGUUUUCUCAGCUCAUUAUUCGACCGUGGACACAUCUUGUGGAGGAACAUUUACUUCAGAAAGUGGAGUAAUUACUUCCCCUAACUACCCCUCUCCAUACCCUAAUAAUGCAGAUUGCGAAUGGACACUUAAGACGUCACCAGGCAAUAAAGUGUCUAUUAGUAUCUUGAUGUUGAAUAUUGAAUAUUCUGAAGAAUGUAAUGAAGAUUAUCUAGAAAUUCGUGAGCACGAUGGUGCUGGUCAAUUACUCGGUAUUUACUGUGGCAAUAUCCUUCCAAUAAAUACUACAGCGGCUUCGGAAUUAUACAUCAAGUUCAAAAGUGAUAACAAAGACCCUGGUCCUGGAUUCAUAAUACAUUACGAAUUCGUGCAUGGAAAUGACAUUAGCGGUCUCAACGAUGGUGAAAUCGCCUCUCCUCUAUAUCCACGCCCGUACGACGGUUCGGGCGAAUUUUGGUGGCGUAUCACUAGCGACAAUCAAAUAAUCAAUAUUGAAAUUGACCAGUUAGUAAUACACACUCAUAGCGAAUCUUGCGAUGAUAAUUUAAGUGUCUAUGACGGAAUCGAUGAUGAGGCAACACUCUUGAUAGAACUUUGUGGAGCGUUACAUUCCAAAUCAGAGGUAAUUCGAACGACUACCAACGCUGCGUACAUAAAACUUACACUAAAUGAGAAAAAUGAAGGGGCUCUCUUCCAUCUUCGAUGGUCUCAAGGCGACACAGAUAUUAGUGAGCCAAAUGAGAAACCUAAUUGUGGUAAUAAUAGCACAAUAACGAUAAUGCCCGGGAGUUCGGAUCAUUUCUCGUCACCUAACUAUCCUCAUCAUUACGAAAUCAAUCAAAACUGCGAAUGGAUAUAUAAAGCUACAUUUGGUCGACACUUGUCAUUACAAUUUGUGGUCUUCGAUAUCGAAGAACGUGAUCCGUGUACUUAUGGUGAUUAUGUUUCAAUUUACUCAUCAAACAAUCCUGCUGAAUGGAAACCGAUCAAGGAAAAAGCAUGUUUAAAGUCUGAAGUAGAACAUGUAUUUAAUGCAUCUUCUUUCAUUAAAAUAACAUUCACCAGUGACUUUUCAUAUACAAAAAUGGGAUUUUUAGCUAUGGUGAAAUCUCAAUGUGGAGCGACAUUAAAUGACCCAUCCGGAGAAAUCACUGCUGAUGUAAAUGAUUUUAACAAUAUGUAUCACAGGGAACCUCUCAGAUGUGAUUGGAGGGUGAAAGUACGGCCUGGUCGUCGCAUAAUGUUACAGUUUUCAUAUUUUAACAUAACUAAUAAAGAAAAUGAUUGUCAAACUUAUGUUGUACUACACAAUGGCGAGUCUCUGGAUUCACCUAAGCUAUCUGACGGGAAAUAUUGCGGCUAUGCACAUGAGAAUAGAAAAGGAAUGAUGACAUCAGGGAACAAUCUGGUAGUAAGUUACAUUGCAAGUAAGGCAAGGACAUUCCAAAAUUUUAAAAUUAUUUACGAAGAAGUGCACAUGAAUUGUGGUCUUACAACGACAUUAAACGCGGACAAGACUUGGGAAAUAAUAAAUACGCCAAAUUACCCGAACGUGCCUGAUCCUUACAGUGAAUGCAAUUGGCAUAUCACCGGUCCUAUAGGAGAGAUACUAAGAGUAGAUUUUAUAGAACGGUUUGAUCUCCACAAAGAUGAUGAAUGUACAGGAGAAUAUGUAGAAAUACUCGAUGGUUCUUCAUACUUUUCACCUAGUAAAGGACGUUUUUGUGGUACCAAUCCUGGUACAAUAAAAACCACAGGCAAUGCCGUUUCGAUAAAUUAUAUCACUGAAUUGACUGAACCGAACAAUGGUUUCAAAGCUAAUGUGUCCAUCGAUGUAUGUGGUGGUGUGAUAACUAGCUACAAAGGAGAAGUGACCUCACCUGGAUAUCCUAACACGAUACAUCUGCCUCCAGGAACUGUAUGCGAAUGGCAUAUUAAAGGCCAAGUUGGACAUACAAUAGCAAUAACACCACAAUAUAUGGAUUUGCCAGAAUCAGAAUCAGAGUGCGGUACAAAAGUUACAAUUGAAGAAUUGGAUCGAGACAGUGACGUUAAAGAGUUACUUCGGACAUACUGUACUCAGAAUUUUGUGGAUCAAACACCUGUUGAAAGUUCAUCCAAUAGUGUCAUAGUGAAGCUUUAUAUAGGCACACCAAGCUCCUAUCCUACCGGUGCGAAAUCAACAGGGUUUCGUUUGACAUUCAAGUCAUCACAACCAUCUUGCUAUGGAAAAUUGGAUGUAUCUGAGGGCUACCUGACUAGUCCGGGUUAUCCACGAGAUUCAAGUGUUAACUACUGCAGUUGGGUUGUAACCGUACCAGACGAGACGAGAAGAAUAUCAUUGGAAAUUCUCGACUCUGGAAAAUAUAAUGUAUAUUUUAGCGAGGGUGAUUUUGAACAUAAUAUUGUGUACAAAUACAAAUAUGACAUAGCGAAUGAUAACACCACUUUUAAGGCCUCUGGUAACAAAGUGACUUUAAGUGUACGCAAUCCUAAUGAAAAUGAACGAUUCCGGUUCAAAGCUAGAUUUAGUUCUGACGAGCCUGCUGUUUGUGGAGGCUCACUGACUGGAACCUCUGGGCAUCUGACGUCGAUGUCAUCUCGAAUAGAUCAAGAAGAUGCAUUUUACUGUAGUUGGAAAUAUCAGGCCGAUUCUAACCAAGCAGCUGAUGUUUUUGAGUACAAUACUAUACAUAUUACAGGUUCAGUGAACUCAUCAGCACCUAUCAGUAGAACACGUUGCCUUUAUUUCGAUCCAAAAUUGACUAUACAAUCGUUAAAUCCUACCAGCGACUAUUUGCGUAGAUAUUCAAUAAGGGUUUGUAACGCGCAGUUUUCUUACAGAAUACCGAAUCGAUCUGUACAAUUUAUUGCAAAAAAACUCAGUGGGAAAGAGUUGACCUUUGAUUUGCAAUGGAAAUUGCAGCCUUGUGGGGGUACUAUGUAUGUUGCAGAAACUCCUGUUAGUAUAGUUAAUAUUCCGAAAUCCUAUAAUGAUUCAAUAGAUUGUGCUUGGCAGAUUGAUACUACUAGAACAGAGAUCAUUCCUACGGAAAUAAAGCUUGAAGGGACUUUCAAACUAGGUUGUGUUGACGAGUUUGUCAGAAUUGGCCGCUUAGAUACACUCGGAAUAUAUACUAUUGCUGAAUAUUGUGUAGAUAAGCCACAAAAUGAGCCCCUCAAAGUUUCUUACAAUCGUGCAGUUGUUGAAUAUCAUAUGAAGUCACCAAACUCUACGGACAUUAAAAUUUUUGCCAGAACCAUAACUCAAGAAUGUGGUGGUAAAUAUCUAUAUCCCGGCAAAAUAUCAUCGCCAAAUUUCCCUAAAGGUUACUCUAGCAAUUUAGAGUGCGAAUGGGAAAUUGUCUCCAGAGAAUUAGGGUAUCGCGUGUCCCUGAAAUUUGUAAAUAGAUUUGCAAUUGAGAAGGCACCCAAUUGCACCAAAGAUGCUGUUAUAGUUUAUGAUUGGAAAAAUGGCGAUUACAUUGAAGUAGCUAGACUGUGUGGUCGCGAUAUCCCUCCUGUAAUCAAUUCUACGUACGAUCGCCUCAAAAUAAUUCUGCGCACUGAUGAUGAUGUCAAUUUAGACGGAUUUCAAGCUUCUUGGACAGCGAUCUGCGGUGGUACAUACAAUGCCACAACCAAGGAGCAGUACUUAUAUAGCCCUGGAUAUCCCUACUAUCGUCCUACCCAAACCUGUUCCUACAAAGUCCUAGUCGCGCCGGAAGAGCGAAUUCAAAUUAAAUUUAUCGAUUUUGAUUUAGAAGGUGAACAGGGUUCGUGCGAAAAUGAUAAUUUGACAAUGUCGUCGGCAUAUUUUUACGAUAUAUAUUGUGGUGAUGAAAUACCCAAAAUUAGUAUAAUGGUGAAUGACGUUGACAUAGUGUUUAAUUCUGAUAAUACUAUUCAGAAGAAAGGUUUUAAGAUGGCUUACUCAAUUUAUUCUUGUGGCGGACAAGUUAAAGAACCUACUGAAAUUUCUUCGGGUCCGGUUGAUAUUUACAAUAAUGAUAUGAACUGUACAUGGUUCAUUGAAGCUCCAAAGAAUAAAACGGUUGUAUUGAAAUUUGUUUAUUUUAAUUUAGAGCAAUCGUUUGAAUGCAAUGCCGAUUAUUUAGCUGUAUACGAAGGUCAAAAUAUAGAUGUAGAAAAACGAAUAGCUCUUCUUUGCAAUGUCAUAAAACCGGCAACCACGAUACAGAGCAAAGGCAAUACAAUGACAAUCGAAUUUAAAUCCGACGCAUAUGUUGGCUUCAAGGGUUUUAAAAUAAAUGUUUCAUUCACUUACUCUGAGUCAGCAGGAUGUGGUGGAAAAAUUAAUGUAGAUUCUUCUUAUACACUGACGUCACCGUAUAUAAAUUCCUUGUUUUCUUACGAAAACUUCCUAGACUGCAACUGGAAUAUUAUAGCUCCAUUAGACAAAGUUAUAAAAAUUUCGUUCUCAUCAUUCCAUAUUGCUCCGUGCCAGUACAUCAACCAAACUGCCAUAGGCUACAGUCAGUGCGAUUGUGAUUUUGUAGAAAUAAAAGACGGAAUAGAUCAAGACAGUACAGUAAUUAACAAUUACUGUGGACACACCCUUCCUCCAGAAUUAGUUACCACUGGGAACACAAUGGGAAUAAGGCUUUCGACUGACGGUGAAAUCACAAGUUCAGGUUUCACAGCAACUUUGACCGUCCAGGAAGCAGUCUGUGGUUCGUCUUUGAUCAAUGCAACGAACGCGGUGCAACGUGUGAAGUCACCUGGUUAUGAUACUGGUUCCAUCCCGCGUAGCAUUCACUGUUUGUAUAACUUCGUUGUUACUAAUACGUAUCAACUUGUUCAUGUUCAUUUUAAUGAUUUCGAUAUUGAACCCGGAACGACCAAUACUGUUUGCGAUAAAGAUAAAAUUAUUAUAUCCAGUAAUACCGCCACUAAUAGCAAAUCUCUUGGGAAGGAUUAUAUACGUUGGGAUAAUAGUCACGCUGUAGGUUAUUCAAUAUAUCAAACUUAUCAAUAUGAUAAUUCGGCAUUUCCCGAACAAUAUGUAAUAUGCGGAUCGAAGAAGUCUAUCGAUCUAUAUAUAAGUGGACCAUUCACCAUUAACGUCAUAACAACGUCUGAUGAGGUGGCUCAAAAAUUCAGGGGUGUGGAUUUGGAAGUUUCGGAAGUCGGUUUUUGCGGCAGGAAUUUCACAGAACUUUACGGUAGAAUAAUAAGCAAUUACGACCCUAAUCUUAACGAUAGCAUAAAGAAUUGCUACACACUCAUAAGUGUUCCUGAAAACUACACGAUAUCUUUAUAUUUCUAUUCGGCUGAUGCGUCGUUUAUUUCCAAAAUGCAUUUCGAUGUUUAUGAUGGUAAAACAUUGUCGUCCAGAAAAAUGUUGACAUUAUCUGAUGGUCAAUCUAAUACUAAUCCAUUAUUUUCAACGGGUAACAACGUUUUGAUACACAAUCGCUUCGAGAUCACUGGUAAUUAUAUGACAUACCAUGCAAAUUAUAUAGCGACUGACAAAGGGAGAGGAUGUGGUGGGUACUUUUUUGGCAGUGAAGGUUCUGUCACGAGCCCUUUGUACCCAAGUGUGUAUCGUGAGACGAAGACUUGUGAGUGGGUGUUGGAAUCGCCACAAGGUACGAGGUUAAGACUGAAUUUCGAGGCGUUUGAUCUAGGAUCAGACUGUGAUCACAACUACGUCCAGAUGGUAGACAGGACUGGCAGAGUCCUUUCCAAUUAUUGCUUGGAAAUCCCCGCAGAUUUCACGAGCGAGAGCAACUAUGUUAAGAUAGUAUCGGUCACAAAUAGAAACAACAGAGGGACAGGUUGGGUUGCGAAGUUUUUGACUAUAUUAUAAUAUGAUUAGGCACUUCAUGUGAACUGAAACUGAUACUCGAUACUCGAUACAGAUACUCGGUAAGAUUCUUCAUCACCAUUUUUAUAAAGUUAUCGAUUUGUUAAUACCUAUCUGUAUCUAUCUAUUUCUGAUUAAUUAUGUCAUGCUAUGUGUAAUAAUACAUUUUGUACUUAAGUAACUAAUUUGUGCAAUAAAGUAUUGUUGUAUUGUAUAUGCACAAUGUUAAAGACUUCAAUGUAGGUUAGGAUUAUUUAAUACGUACAGUCUGCCACAGAGAAAUCUGACCCCCUAAGAGAUGGUGUUCAAAUCGCGGUUGUCAGAUUUCUCUGUGGCUGACUGUACAUAUAAGUUAUUUUGAUUAUGUACAUAAUGUGUUACAUUAUUUUCAUUUUUAUAAUAAAGACCAUGAAUGCUGCAUUAUAAUUCUAUAGAUUUUCUAAUAUUCUGUCACUGAAAUCUGAUAACAUUUUAAUUUUGUACUUAUGUCGAUAAUUUCCAAUAAAGUUCUUGUGAAAUAAAA